UGUUGGGUGUUCGCACAGCAGAGGCGCACAGAGGAGCGAGCGGAGUUGCGAGGGACGGCCGCCGCCGCCGGCAGACCGUUCCCUUUUUCUGUUGCGGAGUGCUCGAAUCUAGGUGGAUCCCGGCUGGCGAGCGCUGCCUUGCGCCUCCCGCGGGUCCCAGGCUGUUCGGCUAAGCAUCGGGGGAGGGCGGGUAAUCAAGGCUCGGGAGAGUUUUCAGGUUGCACCCGGCGAAAGCCUUCCUGCCGCCGAUGCGCCGAGCAGCGGCUGGUCGAUGGCUUGUCGAGUCCUUGCCUGUCUUCCCUGAUCCAAAGGCGUUCAGCUCGGAGCAGCAGGCAUGCUGGAUUGUGGCGGGCGGCACUGGGCUCUUUUUGCUUCGGCGCUCAGGCUGUGGCUGCUCCUAACUUUAUGGACGCAGGUCUCCCAGUCCACGGGCUAUUUCGAGCUGCAGAUUAACUCGGUAAAGAAUGUAAACGGCGAAUUGUUGAAUGGGGAAUGUUGUGAUGGCAUGAAACCCCCAACGAACGUGGACUGUACUCGGGAUGAGUGCGAUACUUACGUAAAAGUCUGUUUGAAGGAAUAUCAGGCUAAAAUCACGCCUAUUGGGACAUGCAGCUUCGGCUCCGGAUCUACUCCUGUUCUUGGUGGAAAUACUUUUUAUCUGAACAGCCGAAAUUUUCAUCAGGGUAAAAACCACGACAUGGGGAGGAUUGUAAUACCUUUUCAGUUUGCUUGGCCGAGGUCAUUUACAUUAAUAAUAGAAGCCUGGGACUGGGAUAAUGAAACAAAAGCAGAUGAAAAAUUAUUAAUUGACAGAGUAUCAUCUGCGGGUAUGAUCAAUCCAGAGGAUAGAUGGACAACACUACAGUUGAAUGGCCAUGUUGCUCAUUUUGAAGCACAAAUAAGAGUGAAGUGUGAUGAAAACUAUUAUGGACCACAGUGCAAUAAAUUUUGUGGCCCGCGUGAUGACUUUGUGGGCCAUUACACAUGCGACCAAAAUGGAAAUAAGGCUUGUAUGGAAGGCUGGAUAGGAGAUGAAUGUAAACAAGCUGUAUGUAAGCAGGGAUGUAAUUUAAUCCGUGGAGGAUGCAGCGUACCUGGGGACUGCAAGUGUAAUUAUGGUUGGCAGGGGCAAUUCUGCGAUGAAUGUGUCCCCUACCCAGGCUGUGCUCAUGGGAGUUGCAGCAACUCAUGGGAAUGCAGAUGUGAAAUCAACUGGGGUGGCCUGCUCUGCAACAAAGAUUUAAACUACUGUGGAAAUCAUCAUCCAUGUGUGAAUGGGGGAACCUGCAUGAAUACAGAACCAGAUGAAUAUAGCUGUGCAUGCCAAGAUGGUUACUCUGGAAAGAACUGUGAAAUUGCUGAGCAUGCUUGUGUUUCAAAUCCUUGUGCUAAUGGUGGAAUUUGCCAUGAAAUUUCAUCUGGGUUUAAAUGUCAGUGUCCUAAAGGAUGGAGUGGACCAACAUGUGCAAUUGAUAUUGAUGAAUGUGCAUCUAAUCCUUGUGCUAGUGGUGGUACUUGUGUUGAUCGCAUUAAUGGGUUUGAAUGUAUAUGUCCACAGCAGUGGAUUGGGGCAACCUGCCAUCUUGAUGCUAAUGAGUGUGAAGGGAAACCCUGUCUUAAUGCUCAUUCUUGCAAAAAUCUUAUUGGUGGAUAUUAUUGUGACUGCAUUCCAGGAUGGAAAGGAGUAAAUUGUCAUAUCAAUGUUAAUUAUUGUCAUGGGCAGUGCCAAAAUGGAGGGACUUGCAAGGACGAAGUGAAUGGCUAUCAUUGCAUAUGUCCUCCUGCUUUCAUAGGCAAGAACUGUGAAAAAAAAGUUGAUGACUGCAUGAGCAACCCAUGUCAGAAUACAGGUCACUGUACUAACCUCGUCAAUGGAUUCCAUUGUCUUUGCCCUCAUGGUUUCUCAGGAGAAUUCUGUGAGAUUGAUAUAGAUCUCUGUAAACCUAACCCUUGCCAAAAUGGAGCUCAGUGUUAUGAUCUGAGAGAAGACUAUUAUUGUGCUUGCUCUGAUGAUUACGAUGGAAAGAACUGCUCUCACCUCAAGGAUCACUGUAAAAAUAACUCUUGUAAAGUAAUAGACAGCUGCACAAUAGAAGUCUUCACAAAUGCUACUCAGAAUGGCAUUCGUUUAAUCUCGUCCAGUGUAUGUGGGCCUCAUGGACGCUGCAUCAGUCAACCAGGAGGAAAUUUUACAUGUGCCUGUGAAAAAGGCUUUACUGGAGCAUACUGUCAUGAAAAUAUUGAUGACUGUCUUGAAAAACCCUGCAAGAAUGGUGGAACUUGCAUAGACGAAGUCAAUGAUUUCAGAUGUUUCUGUCGGAAUGGCUGGGAAGGAAAAUUGUGUGACAUUAAUUUUAAUGACUGCUCACCAAAUCCAUGUCACAACGGAGGCCAGUGCAUUGAUUUAGAGAAUGACUUCUAUUGUGCAUGCAAAAAUGGCUGGAAGGGGAAAACAUGCCAUUCAAGUAAGUACCAGUGUGAUGCAAAUACUUGUACAAAUGGAGGAACAUGUUAUGAUGAUGGUGACACUUUUCGAUGCUCUUGUCCUCCAGAAUGGAAAGGAAGCACUUGCAAUAUUGCUAAGAACAGCAGCUGUAUUCCUAAUCCUUGUUUGAAUGGUGGAACUUGUGUUGGCAGUGGAGAUUCCUUUUCUUGCAUUUGUAAAGAAGGUUGGGAAGGACGCACAUGUACCCAGAAUAUUAAUGAUUGCAAUCCACACCCAUGUUACAAUGGAGGCAUCUGUGUUGAUGGUGUGAAUUGGUUUCGUUGUGAAUGUGCACCUGGGUUUGCUGGUCCUGACUGCAGAAUUAAUAUUGAUGAAUGCCAGUCCUCUCCUUGUGCUUAUGGUGCUACUUGCAUUGAUGAAAUAAAUGGUUACAGGUGUACUUGUCCUGCUGGGCGAGCUGGAACAAGAUGCCAAGAAGUUAUAGGUUCUGGAAAAUCUUGCUGGUUUAAAGGAAAGUCCUUUCCUCACAGGAGUAGAUGGGAUCAAGAAUGCAACAGUUGCCAUUGUCUGGAUGGCCACAUUGAUUGUACCAAGGUAUGGUGUGGAAAGAAAUCUUGUUUGCUUACUAAACAUGGGGGCCGUUCUAGUUACCAAUGUCCUAGAGGCCAAGAAUGCCAAGAAAAUUCAUACAUCAAAUGCUUCCAACCACCUUGCACUGACUGGGGAGAAUGCAGUGAAUCAGAACCUCUACCUGUUAACAUCAAGUGCUUCCCUAAUUCAGGCCACUUGGACAACAGCUGUGCAAGAAUUACUCUGAUUUUUAACAGAGAUAAAGUACCCCAGGGCACUACUGUUGAAAAUGUAUGCUCUGAAAUAAGAUAUUUACCAGCAACUAGAUCUGUUUCUCGUGAAAGAAUAUUGUUAGUGUUGUGUGACUUAUCCUACUCCAUCGAGAAUGCAAUGGAAGUUGCUGUUUCUUUCAUCUUGCAUCAGGAUGAGACGGAUAAUAGUCUCAUACAGAAUGCUGCCAAUACUAUAGUAAAUGCGAUUACAAGGCGGCAAAACAGCACAGUUAUGCUUGCAGUAACAGAAGUCAAAGUAGAGACCAUAGUAGUUGGGAAUUCUUCUUCAUCAGAUUAUCUGGUUCCAAUCCUUUGUGCAGUUUUUAGUAUUGUAUGGAUAACCUGCAUAAUAAUUUGUGUGUGGUGGACACGAAAAAGAAGAAAAGAGAGAGAAAGAAAUCGCCCAUCCAGAGAAGAGGCUACAAAUAAUCAGUGGGCACCUCUAAAUCCUAUUUGGAAUCCUAUAGAUAGACCUUACAGUCAUAAAGGCAUUCAUUAUGAACAGAAAAAUUUUAUAUCUCCUCAAAAAAGAACUUACGAUGGGGUAGAGGAGUACACAGAGUAUGAGGAGGAGGAGGAGGAAGAAGAAGAAGAAGAAAAAGAGGUUAUGGAAAUGGACAAAUUCCUCUCUCAAAAACUCUCUAAACCUUUGACAACAAAGGUAGCAGUGGACUCAUUAGAGAAUAGUCCUGUUAAGAACACUCUUCAGACAACCAAAAUGGACAACAGAUCUGUAAAAAAUGUGAACACAAAAAAUCUUGAAGGUAGAAGAGACUAAAUCUGUGUUUGGACCAUGACUAUAUUACUUACGUUUUUAAAAAAAGGAGAAAUUGGCAUCUCCAUUGUGCAUAAAGGACUUAACUGUCUGAAGUCAAAUAUUCAUAGUUACUUUAUUUUGAAUAAAAAAAUUAAAAUAAUAAAAUAAAAACUUUGUUUCUUUUAGCCCUGUAUAAAUUAUUCAAUGACUGUCAGAUGAUAGAGUAAUCUUUGAUAGUUGCUAUUUUUGUAAAUUUUACUUAGAAUACACUUGUAAGGCAGAGGAGAGAAGUUUGUAUUUUCAAUUCAUAAGGUUUAUCACAGAAUGCUCAACACUGUUUACAAAACAGAGAGAGGGUUGUUCUGUUUUGUUUUGCUUUUCUUUACUUGUACAACAGUGACUUGGAAUCCUCCUGGUUGAGGACGUUGCUGAACUUAAGGAAGAAAACAUGAAGUGUUCUUGUUAAUAUUUACUAAAAACUUCUCUCUACAAGUUUGUCCCCUUGAAAAAAAGAUUGCCUUAUUCUCUGAACAAAAAAAAAAAUCUAUAGAGAUCUUUCAAACUGUGAUUGGUUAGAAAAGGUGGCCUUUUUAAUUUAAUCUGUCAAUUUGGUUUAAUUACUUUAGAAAUGCAGUAUUGAAGCACAUACCAAGUGCCUUGAAAUAUCAUCUUUCUGUCUCAAUAGCAACUGUCAAAGACUGCCAUGCCCAUCUAAGUUUACCACAAGAAGAUAUUUGGUUCUCUCGGACUGAUACAGUUUAUUUUCAGAUUGUGCAAGUGCAUUUUUGUAAAUAUGUAUAUAUUUAAAUGAAUCACUUCUGUAUAUUUGAGUUAAUAACUUAAAAAUAUUUUUGAUCUUUUUAAAUGUCAUUCCUUUUUAAUUUAUGUCUCAGAAAGGGAAGUUUUAUGGCAGUUUCUAAAAAAGAUACAAAAACCUUAUUUUGGUAUUAUGUUCAUAUUAGAAAAUGAUGUUACUAUAAUUAAUGUUGGGAAACUGUUGGUCACUUUUUGUACUUUUUUUCAAUGUAUCGCAACCAUUUCACAUGUAAAUAGAUCCAAGGUGUUUCCUCGCAUCUCAAGAACACAGAGUAAGUAUCCUGUACAGCAUAAAGAUGACAGGACAAUAUUCUUUUUCUUGUGAAUGUCUCUAUUACAUGUGGUAUUGCUUUUUUGCAUUUUUUAAAAUACAGGCCUAAUGAAGGGAACAAUAUUCUUCUCAUUUUUUUGUUUGUUAUGCUUAUUCAUGCUAGAAAACAUGUUGGCAAACAUGCUGGAUCUAGGUGGUGCAGCAGAAACCUGCCAAUUAUCAAUUAGCUCUGGGAUUCUUUCCUUUAUCCCUGAUAACUAGUGUUUCUUCAAGUUUGAUGGGGUGAUGCCACUGAAUUGUGUUUCCUGUCUCUGUGUCACUUCACUAGCUGCUACUUGUGGAGGCAGGUAAACCCACAGCACAGCAGCAUCAUGUCAUGUGUUUGGGGUCGCUAGAUGCAUGUGGAGAGAAUAGAGGCCUGCUCUACUCAGCUUUACGUUGGUUGUAACAUCUGGUUCCAUCUUACACGAUGGAAAAUCUCAGGAGAAAUUGUUAUUCUUAAUAGAAAGCUUAUGCAUCAUUUGUGGGGUUCUUUUCUUU